AUGGUACCCAUGCCCACCAGCACCGACAGCACCCGCGCCGCCACCAGCGUACAGGACGCCGUCCUCGCAGCCACCCAGGGCCAGCGCUCCGCAGCCCCAAACAACCUCUUCACCCUCAAGGACACCACCAGCCUCGUCACUGGCGCCGCUCGCGGCAUCGGCCUGACGCUCGCAGCAGCCCUGCUCGAGGCCGGCUCCCACGUCGCCUGCCUCGAUCUCCUCGACGAGCCAUCCGACGCGCCCGAGUGGCUCGCCUUCCGCGCACGCGCAAAGGAGCUCGGCCUAAAUGCCUCCUACAUCCAGGCCGACAUCACCGAUUCGGGAAACAUCAACGCCGUCGUCGACCACGCCGCACGCACCGCAGCCGACGCCGCCCGCCCGCUCCGCACCGUGGUGCAUGCGGCGGCGGUGCAGAAGCAGGGCCCGCUCAUCGACUUUGAUGCCGAAUCCUUUGACUGGGUCAUGCGCGUCAACGUGACGGGCUCCUUUAUCGUCACCCAGGCGGCGGCGCGGGCGAUGCGCGCCCACUCGCGCGGCGGCAGCAUCGUCCUGAUCGCCUCCAUGUCGGGCCAGGUGGCCAACCGCGGCCUGUACGGCGCGGCGUACAACUCGUCCAAGGCGGCCGUGCACCAGCUCUGCCGCUCGGCCGCCGUCGAGCUGGCCGAGCACGGCAUCCGCGUCAACACCAUCUCGCCCGGCUACGUGGCCACCGACAUGACCAGGCAGCUCCUCGCCGUCGAGACCACGCUCCUCGACCGCUGGACCGACGACAACCCCAUGCGCAGGAUCGGCGAGCCCAGCGAGUUCAAGGGCGCCGCCGUCUUUCUCGCCAGCGAGGCCAGCUCGUUUAUGACGGGCGCAGACAUGCGCAUCGACGGUGGGCACUGCGCUUGGUAA